UAAAUUUACGACCAUAAUUCCUGUCUCGAGAAGGCUCUUUGAAUUCUCGGAUUUCUCUUCUGACCAAGGAACAAUGCGACGCUCUGCAGCUCCCUCAACAAAUCCUGCUGCCAAGAAGCUACGAUUCCAGCCUCCAUUUGCAACCCAAACCAACCCCAUACCUCUCACAUCAAGCAACAAAACUAACCAGCAGGUUCAAGCCCUACAAGUCAAAGAUGAAUCCUCUUCAAGGAACGCUCUUCGCUCUUUGCUCCAGGCCAUUCGAGACCCUAGCAUCAAAGAGUGUACAAAUCCUCUCCCCAGUAACAAAGUAUCUGAAGACGAAGACCAAAUGUAUACUGUACCAAAUUUCAAUACAACGACGGUAGCCACAAAACAAGUUAAUGUUUCUAAUGAACACGUUUCUCUAUCGAGAGGAAUACCUUCCAUCAGCACUCCAGAAUGUAGCUCAGGGACUGGUGGAUAUGAGGGUCCAUGCAAACUGGAGCAAAGGACAGACUCUGCGGAUACUGGGAAUGCUAAUGAAGAAUCGAGUGGUGCAACCAAGUACUACAGUGUCAUGUGGUGUAAGAUGUCCAAGAAGAAACACAAGAGAUGGGAGGAAGAUGCUGUCCUGAUUGUCCACAAGACCAAAGUGACCAUCAAGGAUAUGGAGGGAAAACAUAUUGGUGGUGCGAGUGGGUACAGAUCGAGUGAGGUGACUGGACUGACGGAGGGGAGCACUCUCGCUGUGGGGGGCAAGGAAGUCGAGAUUAUGAGUGAGAUCAGUGCUGAGCAAUGGAGUAGUGGAAGGUGCUUCACUGGAGCCAGUGCUGGGACCACCUCCAUAACUAGCCCUGUUAUAGGUGCUCCUAACAAGAAGUAUGUGAAUCCAUCUCUCAAUGGCGCUGCUCCCUUCAAGGGAAAGUCAAAGGUAAUGCAGCCUCUGUUUGAUCCCACUAUUCCUGACGCCCUCGUCAUGCCCCGACCACAUGCCCUACAUCAGAUGUCUCACAAUCGUGAUGCUGCCCAAUUGGUGGAUGUGGUGUUGGACUCUCGUCUCUCCUACCACCUGCGGCCACACCAGAGAGAGGGGGUGCUCUUCCUCUACGAGUGCGUCAUGGGACUCAGAGAUUUCAACGGACAAGGGGCCAUUUUAGCAGAUGAGAUGGGUCUUGGCAAGACGCUCCAGUGCAUCUCCCUCCUCUGGACAUUGCUGAAGCAAGGGCCGUACGGACGAGUCCCAGUGGUCAAGAAGGUUCUCAUUAUCACACCCGGUAGUCUAGUCAAGAAUUGGGAGACAGAGUUUCGCAAAUGGCUUGGCCCAGAGAGGUUGAGAGUGUUUGCAGUGUCUACCGAGAACAGAGCCGUGGAAUUCCUCAAGACUCAGUUGUACCCUGUGCUCAUCAUCAGCUAUGAAAUGUUCAUCAGAUCACAAGAGCUCCUCUCCAAAGUCAAGUUUGACAUUGUUGUGUGCGAUGAAGGACAUCGACUAAAGAAUAGCAACUCAAAAACUACACUAAUGCUCAUGGGUCUACCAGUUCGCAGAAGGAUUGUUCUAACAGGCACUCCAAUACAGAACGACCUGCAAGAGUUCUAUUCUAUAGUGGAGUUCUGUAAUCCAGGAGUACUAGGCAGCUAUGGUGCAUUCCAGAAGGUGUACGAGCAGCCAAUCGUCCGCUCCCAACAGCCCGAGGCCACACCCCCUGAGAGGGAGGUGGGGGAAAUGAGAGCAAAAGAGCUGAGAAGACUCACCUCAUUGUUCUGUAUCCGGAGGACCCAGGAAGUCAAUAAGAGAUAUCUACCUCCAAAAGUUGAGAGUGUAGUUUUUUGCCAGAUGAGUCCACUCCAGCUCUCCGUCUAUCGUCAGCUCCUCAGCUCAAAGCUGAUUGGUUCGUGUCUCCGCCGGGAGUGUGACUCCUCCCCCCACCUGCAGUGUAUAAGUGCGCUGAGGAAGGUGGCCAAUAGUCCCGGGCUAGUGGUGUCGGCAGCUAGGGGCGUGGCACUAACGGAGGAACAGCUGGAGGGGACGAAUAUGGACCAAUCUGAGAUUGACAGCUCUUUGUAUCACGGUGUGUUGGAGCUGCUGCCAGACAUCUCGUCUGAUAUCGAGCACUCUGGGAAACUACUGGUCCUCUUUGAAAUGCUUCAGCAACUUCACUCCUCCUCUCGAGAGAAGAUUGUCGUUGUCUCCAACUUCACACAGAUGCUCAAUAUUAUCCAGUCCCAUUGUGAGGGGUGUGGCUACAAGUUCCUCCGUCUGGAUGGCUCCACCCCCUCCAGCAAGAGGCAGGCUCUCAUAGAGAGAUUCAAUAACAAGCAUUCACCAGAAACUGUGUUCCUGCUCAGCUCCAAGGCGGGAGGGGUGGGGCUUAACCUCAUCGGAGCCUCCAGGCUUAUCCUGUACGACGUGGACUGGAACCCCGCUAAUGACCUACAAGCCAUGGCACGAGUAUGGAGGGACGGUCAAGAGAGGAGGGUUCACAUCUACCGACUACUGGCCACUGGCACCAUUGAGGAGAAGAUCUACCAGCGCCAGAUCAGUAAGCAGGGACUUAACUCAGUGGUGGACUUCAACAAAAGUGAGGCUGGUGAUACGUGUAGCAGCUCCUCUGCCAAGUUCUCUCUGGAGGAGCUCAAAGACUUGUUCACACUUCGAGAGACUACACUCUGCGAUACUCACGACCUACUCGAGUGCACCUGCACAGAGCAGAGCAGUGAGGAGGAUGACACCACUACUGCCGUCAUGGAUACAAGAACUGGGGGCUCAAAGAAUCCUUUGGUGACUGAGCUGCUCAAGUGGAAGCAUUUCCAAACACCCAUUGACCAAACUUCUCUGUGUGACGACCUUCUCCUUCAAGCAGCUAGCAACAUAACAUUUGUCUUUCAGACUGAAACCUCGUUGUAAAAUAUUAAACCAACCAUACAUACAUCGCUCGAAUUCAGACUCUGGCACUCUUCAUUUAUUCAUCAGACUACUUGUACGUUGGCCAAAAAUCAACUUAUUUUGAGUAUUGUUG